AUGAUGCACAGCCACGCAGGUCGUUUAGCCUUCCAGCCCGGUCCCCAUGCCCCCGGCGUGCGCCAGGGAAAGCCGAGCGUGCGCCAGGGCGAGCAGGGCGAGCCGAGGGCCGACGGGCAUUAUGGGUACGAUGGGUACGAUGGGUACGAUGGGUGCAAAGGGCAAGAGAGCGACGUUGGCUUGAAUGUGUGCAUUCAUUCCGUGAGCGGAGAACAGUUGAACGUUUUGGCGGGCCCUGCGACUACAGUCAUCGGCUUGAAAGCUGAAAUUGCACUACUCUGGCAGGUUCCUGUGGGCUCUCAGAAUUUGCUUUCUGGUGCGAGGGUCUUGCGCGACACAGAUCUGCUCUCGAAACAAGACUUGGUCCGAGGAGAGUCCGGAUUAAAUUUAUCACUGCUGGUCUCUGCCCCACCAUGCUGUGCAUCGGCCACUCCUCUGCCAUCGCGCAUGAUAUUCGUCCCCGGUCCACACAAAGUGGGUUUCGGGCAUCCGGAUGAUGUGUCGGACCUGUCUCUGUCGGGUUGCUGUAGCAUGUCAGAUUCAGGGGUUGACAGCGAGCAGGGACUGGCGGCCUUCAUUGAAUACCCGGGACACGAAUCGCGAUGGGGGCGCUGCGUGUGCCAGAUCGGCAACACCUGCUCACACUGCAAUCGUUUGUUGAUCUGUGUUGGACAUGAUGCUGCUCCGACGUUAAAGCUGCACCUGCACCAUGCGGAGGCACGCUUUGCCCAAGCUUUGCACCUGCUUGCCGAUGCAGAUGGUCGCUGCCUUCAUAAAGUGGACGGUCGCUCGACAUCCUGCUUGUCGCUGGAUGCCGAAGUGCUGCAGUCUUUUCAAGGAAUCCCGGAGGUCUUCCCAAAGGUUGAAGAGUUCUCCUAUCGGGGUGAGUGGUCCGGACGAGAAGGAGGAGAAGGUCAGGAUGCGUUGCGUGCCCUCUCGGCGUGGCAAGCCACGCUUCGAAGCCUCUCGCUGGACAUAGCUGGAAGUGCCGCCAUCCAGCUGAACGCCCCCACUUUGGGAGACUUCUGUGCUCUGGAGCAUGUCCGAUUGCAUCUCCACGCCUCCCGCAAGCACCUGUCUUCACUGGGCAGCCUGAUAAAUGUUCGACAGCUCGUAUUCUGGGGCACUGAUGAGAAUACCUCGGAUGCCGAUCUUGCCAACAAGGCCUAUCAGAUACUGGACUUCUCCCGUUGCGGUCAACUGAAAGUCCUUGCGUUUCGGUCCAUGGCCUUCUGUCAUCCUGAGGAGCAAGACCAUGAGGGCUGCAUGGCACUGUCUCUGCCUCCAUCUUUAGAAGAGAUGGUUGUUGUGAAUGACAUUGAUCCGCUGUCUGGCCUGACGCCGAGACUGCGCCGCCAUGUUUCGGCAUGCCCCCUUCGAUUGUCCGAGUAUGGGCGUGUCCCCAACCAGUACAGCUGGCAGCAUCGACUCUUGAUGCCGAUCCGCACUGAAACCCAAGUGCCGGAAACUCUAUUGUGGGAGGUCGAUGCUUCUUUCAGGAGGUUGGAGAAAGAAGAGAUCGAAGCUGCACGGUCGACUCAUCUGCAAAUGCUGACGGAGGAGGCCAAUGCACACUGCAGCCGCCAGAUUGCGCUUCUGACGGCCUUGGGCCUCAAGCCAUCAAGUGACGCUCCUUUCUACAAAGGCGAAAAGGUUUGGUAUAUCAGUUGCAUCAGCAUCUUGGAAAGUCCUGUGCUGAGGCGAUGCUUGGUGAGAAGGGUUUCGCCAGCUCCCAGGGACAGCGACGACGAGUUUGCCUACGACAAUGCCUACCUUACUUACUUGCUCGAGUGUCGGGAUAGAUUAGACAGAGGAACCGCCCCUAUUCAAAUCGAGGCAGACCCACGCUUCAUUUUCAGAGCUCGCCCAGCUAUUUUGAAGGCGCCGGCUCUUAGGAUACAAGUGGGCAGCAAGGACUGUCGGUAUCUGUCCGCGAUGGCGGCCUUGCAAAGCUCACAGCGCGAAAGGGAUGUUCCUUGCGUGAUCGCUGGCAUGCGACAUGUUGAAUCGGGGGUUGGAGGUCGUAGUUUUUCAUAA